CUCUCAUUCAAACCAUGGUGGCCCAAUCUCCCUCAAAAAGUGGCCACUCCGACCCGGAGACUGUUGUGCAACAAUCCAUGCUUCAGCAAGCAGAAGCUGCUGCUGCCAGCGAGACCGAUCUCGCAAGCCCCACGGGACAGGAGACCUCCCUGCAAAACGCCGACCUCGUCACUCCCGAUUUGGGCGAGGACAACAUUCCCCCUCCUGCUUAUGGCGACAUCUAUGGCGAGAUCAGCAACGAAAAGAACGGCCUGGCCACCAGUGCCCGUGUCACCGACGACGGCCGUGUCAACAUCCGCAUCAAUCAGGUCAACCGCCGCUUGUCCCAGAUCUUUACUCCUGCUUUACGUCAACAGAUCCAGAGUGUCCAAGAUAGUCGCCCGCCUCCUGCCGCCUACGUUCCUCCUUCCUUAGGCGGCGACGACCGAGUUCCUCCACCCCCGCCCUUGAACAUCGUCAUCCAGGUUGUGGGCUCGCGCGGAGACGUGCAACCCUUCAUUGCCUUGGGGAAAGUCUUGAAAGAUACCUACGGCCAUCGCGUUCGUCUGGCGACUCAUCCCAGUUUCCAGGACUUUGUGCAGGAGAAUGGCCUGGAAUUCUUCAGCAUUGGCGGCGACCCCUCGCAGCUAAUGGCCUUUAUGGUCAGGAAUCCCCGCCUCAUGCCGGGCUUUCGCAGUCUACUAAGUGGAGACGUCGGUCAGCGAAGAAGAGAUGUUGCCGAGUACAUUCAGGGCUGCUGGCGCUCAUGUUACCAGACUGGUGACGGAAUGGGCGUUCGUGCUACCGAUGAUGACCUUUCUGAGAUCUCUGACGACGAUGCUAGCUCUGAGAUUAUAGCAAGACCCUUUGUCGCCGACUGCAUCAUUGCCAAUCCUCCAAGCUUUGCCCAUAUCCAUUGCGCAGAGAAGCUGGGUAUCCCUCUCCAUAUCAUGUUCACUAUGCCAUAUUCUCCCACCCAAGCCUUUCCUCAUCCGCUGGCCAACAUCCAAUCCACUAAUGCCGACCCUCAACUCACUAACUAUAUAAGUUAUACUAUGAUCGAAGUCCUCUCGUGGCAGGGCCUGGGUGAUAUCAUCAACCGAUUUCGCGCCAAGUGUCUCGGUUUAGAUCCCGUGAGCCUGAUCUGGGCCCCUGGGAUGCUCCAGCGUCUCAAAGUCCCUCACACUUACUGCUGGUCUCCAGCCCUGAUACCUAAGCCGAAAGACUGGGGCCCUCACAUAUCUAUCUCCGGGUUCUGCUUUCUCAACUUGGCCUCUGACUACACCCCUCCCUCUGAUCUCCAGGCAUUCCUCGACCAUGGCCCACCCCCGGUUUACAUAGGAUUCGGAAGCAUCGUUUUGGACGACCCUGAUGCGAUGACAGAGCUUAUCUUCGAUGCCGUGAGGAAGAGUGGCCAGCGUGUCCUCCUUUCUAAAGGCUGGGGAGGCCUGGGCGCGGACAGACUUCGGAUCCCCGACGGCGUCUUUAUGCUAGGUAGCGUGCCGCAUGACUGGCUUUUCAAGCACGUCUCUUGCGUCGUUCACCAUGGUGGCGCAGGAACCACGGCGGCAGGCAUUCGCGCAGGCCGGCCGACGGUAGUCGUUCCCUUCUUUGGAGACCAGCCUUUCUGGGGCGCCACGGUCGCACGAGCAGGCGCCGGCCCGCACCCAAUCCCUCACAAACAACUCACAGCGGACAAACUGGCCGAUGCGAUCAACUUCUGCCUGAAGCCCGAAAGCUUACAACGCGCCCAAGAACUCGCAAGUAAGAUCGCGACUGAGCGAGGAAGUGACAUGGGGGCUCAGUCUUUCCAUCAAUAUCUCGAGGUGGACCGGCUCCGUUGCACCCUUGCACCAUCCCGACCCGCGACCUGGCGCAUCAAGCGCACCCAGGUCAGGUUGAGCGCUUUUGCUGCCUGUACUUUGGCGAACGCAGGUCUUUUGCUUUUCGAAGACUUGAAGCUCUUCAGGCCACAAGAAUACUACACAGACGAAGGUCCUUGGGAUCCAAUAUCCGGAGGAGCUGCAGCAUGUUUCAGGGCGUUCAGCGGCAUGGCGAUGGGGCUAGCUGAGGUUCCCUCGGAGACGGUGAAAUCUUUGCACAUCCCAAUGGGAUCCAGCCGACAGCAGUCCCAAGAAUCGGUGCCGACAAUCGCGAGGAAAACCGAGACCUCACGUGGCGGAGAAAGAUCAAAUCUGCCAACUUCGCCUGAACACAGUCAGACGAGCUUGAAUGUGCAGGAAUCCCUUCCUCAUGUUCAAAGCCCUUCCAACUUCUCCAGUCUGUCGUCUCCCAGUUCGAAAAUUGAGACAAGCUCCAUUUCCGAUGCAUUGCAGGGUCAGUCGAGCUCUAAAAAGGGGGAGGCCAGCCGAAGCCGAGUCCGCCGUCGAAACGAAUCCGGCUUUGGCAAUGGACAUGACAUGCUGCAUCAGAGUAGCGUGCACCCGAGGAAAGGCGUUGGCCGUUUCGUAAAGGCGUUUGUGCAGACACCUAUGGAAAUCUCAGUGGGUUUAACCAAAGGAUUUCACAAUCUCCCCAAGCUGUGGGGGGACGAUACCGUGCGACCUCAAGAACAAGUCAGCGAUUUCAAGUCAGGCGCCAUAGCAGCAGGAAGAGAGUUUGGCCUUGGAUGGUACGAUGGCGUUACUGGGCUGGUCACUCAGCCCUGGAAUGGUGCCCAGAAAGAGGGUGCUAGCGGCCUUGUCAAAGGAAUUGGCAAAGGGUUCGCCGGAUUUGCAACCAAGCCAUUCGCAGGCUUCUCCGGUAUCCUCGGUCAUACGAUGAAGGGGGUACAAAAAGAGGUGCAGAAGAUGUUCGGCACCAAUGUGGAGACCUACAUCGUCGCGUCCAGGAUAUCUCAAGGCGACGAAGAAUGGCUGCAGAGCUCCCAUGCAGAAAAGCAAGAGGUCAUCGCUCGGUGGAAGCUGAUCCAGAAAACCCUGAAGAAAAACUAUAACCCUGACGAGAUGGUGCAAGACGCCCUGGAGGCACGGCGCAGGAACACAGAGGGCACAGUGGCCCGUCAAAACCGUGUACACACCGCUCAGUCCGCCAGUGCAGAAGCUUCCACACCAGAUGUCGAGGGAACCAUACUUGUCGUGGAUGGGUCACACUCUGCUGAAGAAUCGCUCCCAGCUGCUGGAAUCAACGAAACCACCCGGCCAUCGCUCCAGGAGACCUCGCGGAGAGAUGAUGAAGAGGAUGCCGAUAUGGAGCGGGCGAUUCAGGAAAACGUGUCUCAGCUUCAGCGGCGACAACAAGAAGAUGCUGCAGAUCGUCAGGCAGAGCAGGAGAGUCUCCGCCAGGCAAUAGCGGCCAGCAGAAAUGAAGCCCAGCGGCACGCAAACGAAGCAUUGGAAUUUCAGAAACAGCUGGAGCGAGUCAUGACACAGAGUGUGUUGGAACACAAACAGAGUGCCAGCGGCAGGGAAUGGGAGUCGGAUAUAUUAAGUCUCGAUCACGAGGACAAGGACGAGUUCAAGCGGGCAACAGGAGAACCCGAAAUAAUGGCGAGGGAGGCGGUAGCCUUGACUGGCGGCGGGUCACCAAGUGUCCAGCGACCCUCCCGUUCGUAUGAUCUGGGGCAUGUCGCGGGCACCAGGCAGAGCGAGUUCGAGGCGCAACAACAGGGACAGCCGGGGGAGAAGACGGCACAAGAGAGGACGGAAGAAGAGGUCGUGAUGGAGUACAUCAAGAAGCAAAGCCUCUUGGAAGCAUACCAUCAGAACAAAGGCAAAGGCCGUGCCACAGCGACGGAGGACGAGUACGAGGACGAUGACGACGAAGACUUGCAAAAGGCAAUCAAGUUGAGUAUGCAAGGACAACUAACCUGGUACGGCCCCGAGGCUUCGGGGAUGUGACGGGAUACACCUUUAUUUUUUCGACGAAUAAACUCGAAAUCGUAGAACCCAGGCAAGGCUAUAGCAUAGUAAAUAACAACGCGUAUAUUGAUG